UGAUUUUAAAAAUAUUUAAUGGGCCUCUCAAAUACCUUUGAGACUUUACUCGCUCGGGUCCAUUUGACCCUGUAGUUGUUUUUUUCAAAGCGAUCUUAGUUUUACUUUUAGGUAAAAAGUAAGCGUAAACGGUAAACGAAGUGACUACUCGAAAAAAGAUUUUUCGGCAAAAGAUACGAAACUCAGCAGUUCUGCGCAUGCACGAUGACCUUAAUAGCCGCACUAUGGUUAGGGUUAGGAUUCUGCGGUUUGUUUGUAAACACACGCAUGCGCAGUACCAUCGAAAACAUCGCAGCGAGACGCAAAAUGGCAAGGGGGUAAAAUGUCAGUCAUACCUGCGGAAUUACAGGCAUCAGGAAAUAAAGUUAGCAGACAGUCGGUUUUGUGUGGGAGCCAGAACAUUGUCAUAAAUGGAAAGACUAUUGUAAUGACUGGAUGUGUCAUUAGAGGAGACUUGGCUAAUGUGAGAAUAGGGAGACAUUGUAUUAUCAGUAAAAAUGCUGUAAUACGACCAGCUUUUAAAAAAUUUUCAAAAGGUGUGGCAUUUUUUCCUCUUCAUAUUGGUGACCAUGUAUUAAUUGAAGAGGAUUCUAUAGUCAAUGCUGCUCAAGUAGGAUCAUUUGUACACAUAGGAAAAAACUGUGUCAUUGGUCGAAGAUCACUACUCAAAGAUUGCUGUGCAAUAGCAGAUAACACAGUUGUACCUCCUGAAACAGUUGUUCCACCUUUCACACUCUACUCCGGAUCACCAGGGAAAAUGACAGUUGAUCUACCUGACUGUACACAGGAUUUAAUGAUAGACAUUACAGUCAAUUACUACCAACACUUCAAGCCCCAUGGGAAAGCAAAAUGAAAACAUUAAUUUAUUAACAUCUAUCAAUUUCUCCUAUUUAUGUAUUUUAUGUUUAAUGCUGACCUAGAUCAUUAUUUAUCCUGGUUUAAACUAUGCUAGGUUGCUUUACAAUUUAUUAUUUCUUCCAAAAUAAAAUGUAAAAAUUCAGCUAAGAUAUUGUUCUUAUAGCUUUUUAGCCAUAUAAUUUACGAGGUUUCAUUUAUUUGUAUGGUAACUGAAUUUUUGCUCAGUUCAUCUCUAGGGUGUCCUUUUAUAAACCAGAUUCAUCAGAAGUAGGUUUGUCACAUUGUGUACAGAGACACUCAGUGGUAGAUACUGAGAGGUUGUGGUUACAAGGUUUUUACAAGGCUUAGUUUUGUUCCUAUCCUCUUCUGGUUAAUGCUAUUGUGCUGUGAAAAUAAAUUGUCUGAAAUAAAAAUUAGUGACAUAGCCACACAAAAAUGUUACUUGCAUUGCUU